UGGCGUGUUGCAAGAACACGCGUCUUAUUAGUUCCGUAUGGGGCUUACGGAUUGAUAAAAUAUAUUUGUGUUUAUCGACAAGAUAUAACCUUUUUAUUUUACAUAGUGUAUUCGAACUCGAUUCACGCAAAGACACAAUUGUGUAUGGCAAAGGAUUGAAGACAGCAAAAGCAUUAUACGUGAAAACAUACAGCCAGGUUUCGUGAAGUUUUUAAAUCGACUUCCGGCUGGCAACUGCUAAUAGUGUUUUAAUGACAGUAUUUCUAACUGACCAAAACCAAAUCCUGCUUCAACAAUGAAAAAGAUGAAAUUGAAAGAGCUAGAAAGUUGCUUACAACAAGUAGAUGUUUUUGAGGAACCAAAAUUGCUCUUAGAACAGUAUCCAACAAGACCACAUAUUGCAGCCUGCAUGCUUUAUACAAUCCACAACACAUUUGAUGAUAUUGAAAACAAACUGGUUGCAGAUUUGGGAUGUGGGUGUGGCGUUCUCAGUGUUGGAGCAGCAAUGCUGGAUGCUGGGUUGUGUGUUGGAUUUGACAUUGAUAAAGAUGCAUUAGAAGUAUUUCGCAACAACGUUGAACAAUUUGAGCUUCCAAACAUAGAUAUGAUUCAGUAUGAUGUGUGUUUAUUACAGUCGGAUAGAUUCUCAAAAAGAUUUGAUACAGUAAUAAUGAACCCUCCUUUUGGAACCAAACGCAACAAAGGUAUGGACAUGCAGUUUCUCAGGACCGCAUUAGACAUGGCAACAGGUGCGGUGUAUUCUCUACACAAAACUUCAACACGAGAACAUAUACAGAAGAAAGCACAUGAUUGGAAGGUGAAGAUGGAAGUAAUAGCAGAGCUGAGAUACGACUUGCCAGCAUCAUACAAGUUCCAUAAAAAGAAGUCGGUUGACAUUGAAGUGGACUUCAUACGAUUUUCUAUGAAAUAAAGGCCCAGACUGGAAUGGAUUAAAACAAAUAAUAAUCCAUUUU